UUUUGUGUUUUGUUAGUUCAGUUCAUUAAUUAAUUGUUUAUUUCUUCGAAAGUUUCGUCUUUUAUCUUCAAAAUAUCUAAUUAUUAUAGGUGGACACCUUCAUUAAAUAGAGCAAUUCAAAUUUCCAAGCCCCAGCGCUACUUUUCAUCAUAAAUUGAAUGUAGGGGGGUUUUCGUGUUUUUAGGUCCCUUUUGCCAGUCCUUCUCCUUGAAAUUCAACGAGUCUAAGUUAAAUGGCUGAAGAGGGUCAAGAAGCGAAACCCCAAGAAUCUUCGUUGGGAGUGGCUCCCAAAGCAGCGGACGAAAAAAAUGAAGACAUUCCUCCAGACUUUUUCGACGAUUUCCUCAAAGACGACUUCAUGGCCGGUUUAGACAUCGUCGACGAAGACCUUGAAGAUAACAUCACCAACGAGGAAACUAACAGAGAAUCGAAACCUCCUGAGAAAGCCAAGGAACAAGUCAAAAAAUCUGAAGAACCAAAGAAAAAAGUCAAAAAACCUAGUAAACGCGACGAGGAGCUGAAACAGUUGGACAAGGAGCUCGACGAAAUUCGAAACAAAGUCUCAAAAAAGCCAGACAACAAAUCGAAACUAGACGUGGACAAUUUCGAUAUACGCAGAGACCCGGAGAAAACAAGACAAGCCAUCCAACAAGACAAAAUCAAAAGUGCCAAGAAACUCAUUAACGACAUUGUCGAAACUGGCCUGGUACCGCCCGGAAUGGAACUAGAAGUGGACAUGGCACAGGUAAAAUACCAACCAAAAAUACGCGAUCUGCGAGAAAAAUUACGUCCUAGAAACUUGAGCGCGGACAAUCCGAAAAAGAGUAGGAGACGUUCCAAAACUCCAUCAAAAAAACCUUCCAAAACCCCAUCAAAAAAACGUUCAAAAACUCCAACAAAAAAACGCUCCAAAUCGCCUCCAAGGAAACGUUCCAAAAGUCCUCUAACAUUGAGACCGCGCAACGACGAACUACCCAGACCUCGCAGAUCCAGAUCCAGACCGCGCAUGACCCGCUCCAGAACUCGUUCCCCACCUCGCAUUCAUUCCCCAUUGAUGCCACGACGUCCGAGACUUUUAUCGCCCAGUCCUCCCAGACGUCGCCUGAGACGCACCAGGAGCCCCAGCUUAACCAGGCGCCGAUCCAGAAGCCCCAGCUUAACCAGACGCCGUUCCAGAAGUCCGAUCUUCAACAGAAGUUGGAGACGUCGCCGAAGCCCCUCCUAUAGCCCUCGUCGGAAAAUGCGCCGAAGCCGAAGCAGAAGUCCCAAACCGAGUUUCCUGGAAGAAAUCGCCGCCAAGUUGAAUUGCAAAUUAAAUUACAUGCCGCAACAACAAUUCCAGGGUAAUAAUCAGGUUUAUGGGAAUUUGGUGCCGAUGGCACCGAUGCCGGUUCCGGCAAUGCCGCCUCAGGCCGUGCCUCAUCAGGAAGUUCACUUUUUCGUGCCGCCUCUUCCACAGGAACAGCCGCCUCCGGAGCCUUAUGAUCCUUUCGAUCAAUAUGAUGAGAGUUUUUUUAUUGGUGCACCAAUAAAAAAGUCGCCUACUGUGAGCCGACAGGAAUCAGCGCCUCAACGCAACGAUGUCGGACAAUUGUUUAACGACAAGAGGAUACAGCUUAGUGAUUUUUUGGCUAUUACUGCUAAACCAGCGUUGUCGAGCACAGCGUCGACAAAAUUAUCGGACAAAGUCAAAGUUAUCCGACGUGCCCAAGACGCCAUUAAAGAACUAUCCCAACCGUUUUGCCACGGAUCCUUGUUCGUACGUCGAACGGAUGCCUUGCAGUCUCCAGAAGUUAACGUGUCGCCGUUGAACCGCAAAAAAGCCUCGAUGCCAUUUUUCGCACCCGAUAACGACAACAUGCUGGCCGACAUGGAAUUUCCGACCUGCUGCGAAACUUUGCUGAGCCGAGUGGGUCUGGCCAAACGAUUCGACCGCGCCGAAGUGGUGCACCGCAAAUCCGUGUCGCCACCGCCUGUUCCAUCAUAACUAGACCGAAACCGUGGGCGACGACCGGCUGUCAGACCGAUAAAGAAUUGUCGUCGUGCAAAGAGUGUUUGAGACGCAAAGGUAUUUUGUAUGCUAACGCAGGCGUACAAGCUUCGUCUGGUCCGAACAUGAGUUUUUCGGUUAGUACGCAAGUGUGCGACGCAGACUUUUAUGCAACCAUUCCGAGAAACCAGCCGCUGUCCAGUUUGACGGCUGCGCAAUUGUUGGGCAAGCAGGCUAUCAACCCGAUGCCACCGAGAACUAGUAGGCCGAUUCCAGAACCUCCGUUACCGCCUUCUUUCUAUUCCGGAUUCAAUCCGCCUUGGAAUUCCAACAGAGACUCUUUUAGAUAUUAAGUUUAUUUCAUAAUAAUGUUUUUAUUUUUUUCCUGUAUCAAGUUUUUUUUUUUAUCGUUGAUGGUAAUUGUGUUUACACUUAAAAGGAAAAUUGAAUAAAACUGUUUCUUCAUGUAUGGUAUGGCUGAUUUCUACAAAAUCUGGCAAUGGUGCCAGGGUAGUCAAUUUAAUUUUUUUUUUCUCUUCAAAGUUUUAGAUUUGCGAUGUUUUAUUUGCAAGUGUGCGAUUAAUUGUGAGGAACAUUUUUGAUCCGUAUGAUGGGUUUACAUAUAGAUAUUAAGUAUAUAUUGUGUUAUAAUAAUAGUUAUUGUAUUCACUUUAAAAAUUAAAUACAUUUCGGUUUCAGAUGUAAAUCUUUUUUUUUUUUCUAAAUGCGUCAUUAAUCAUUACUCACAAACCAAUGACAUAAGUAACACAGAUAGAGAUCAAGGUCAAUUUACAAGUAUCCAUUAGCUAGUGCCAGUCUUAAUGGCGUUCCAGCUCUGGCAUCAGUGGCGUGACAAGCAGUCUGGGAGGACAAAAGCAGUGAAAUGUAUUACUAGCCGACUGACCUUUAAAUUUUAUGAAUAGAUCUUCAAGAUUGAAAUAAACAUACCCAAAAAUAUCGUAAAAAGGCCUGGCAUCCAAAAAUUUCAAGCUUGCGGUGAACUAACAAGAAACACUUGUUGCAAAUUAGAUCUUCCCAAGACAAAAUUCUGGCUACGCCAGUGACGAACAGAAAUGUACAGUGCUGCAUGUAGGAAAAAAUAACCCGAUGAUUGACUACAAAAUUUAGUGAACCAAGCUAGAGAAUGUUAACCAACAAAAAGAUUUGGGCGUGCACGUAAGCCAAGAUCUUGAAUGGAAAACACACAUAGGCCGAGAUGUGAAGAAAGCAAAUCAGUUGGUUUACCUAGUAAAAACGGCUUUUACCAAUCACUAUAUCCAAAUGAUCAAGAAAGUCGAUACAACCUACAUAAGGCCCAAACUUGAGUACGCUCACACAGUCUGGAACCCGUAUUACUGCAGGGAUAUAGAGCUGCUUGAACGUGUGCAACGGAGAAUCACAAAAAUCCAAAAUGGAACGCAUAUUCUUCCAUAUGAUAUCAGAUUUCAAAGAUUUAACUUAACAACUCUGAAAGAAAGAAGAGAAAGAGGCGACUUAAUAGAGACCUAUAAGAUCCUGUUUGGACACUACUUAUGCUGUAUAUGGCAAACAUGUUUCAACAAAACACGAAUAAAAACCUCAGAGGACAUGACAAGAAGCUCAAGAAAGAGAAAACAUCCUUAGCGUUAAGAAAAAACUUCUUAUGCAACCGUGUAGUAUACCGGUGAAAUGCAUUAAACCAGGAUACUAUGAAAGACUCAUUGUCAAACCGCUUUCUAUUGUCAAGCAAAUAAUAAUAAUAAUAAUAAUAAUUUAUGGACACCUGUAACUAUAAUCCUAUAUAAAUGUUUUAUCCCUGGGUCCUUAUUCUUGAAACAAGGGAGC